CUAGUCUCCAUGUAAAAGAGGCGCCACCUCCCCGCCCUCUCUCACUCCCCGCUCCUCUCCGCCAAAGCUCGCAGAGGGCGGAGGGGGAGGCGGCGCGCAGCGCCAGGAGGAGGGGGGACGCAGGGGGCGGAGCGGAGGCAGCACCUUCGGAGAUAAUCCUUUCUCCUGCGGCAGAGGAGAGGAGCAGCUAGAGCCGAGCACAUCGCUGAGGCUAAGCGGACCGGCAGGAUGGCGACCGUGGUGGUGGAAGCCGCGGAGCCCGAGCCGUCCGGUAGCAUCGCCAACCCGGCAGCGUCCACCUCACCCAGCCUUUCACACCGCUUCCUCGACAGCAAAUUCUACCUGCUGGUGGUCGUCGGCGAGAUCGUGACCGAGGAGCAUCUGCGGCGCGCCAUCGGCAACAUCGAGCUCGGAAUCCGAUCAUGGGACACAAACUUGAUUGAAUGCAACUUGGACCAAGAACUGAAACUCUUUGUAUCUCGACACUCUGCAAGAUUUUCUCCUGAAGUUCCAGGCCAGAAAAUCCUGCAUCAUCGAAGUGACGUUUUAGAAACAGUGGUUCUGAUCAACCCUUCAGAUGAAGCAGUCAGCACUGAGGUGCGCUUAAUGAUCACAGACGCUGCCCGACACAAGCUGCUGGUGCUGACGGGACAGUGCUUUGAAAACACCGGUGAGCUCAUCCUCCAGUCCGGCUCGUUCUCCUUCCAGAACUUCAUAGAGAUCUUCACCGAUCAAGAGAUUGGGGAGUUACUGAGCACCACCCAUCCAGCCAACAAAGCCAGUUUAACCCUGUUCUGUCCUGAAGAAGGGGACUGGAAGAAUUCCAAUCUCGACAGACACAAUCUCCAAGAUUUCAUCAACAUUAAACUCAACUCAGCCUCUAUACUGCCCGAAAUGGAAGGACUCUCUGAGUUCACUGAGUACCUCUCUGAGUCGGUGGAAGUCCCGUCUCCCUUUGACAUCCUGGAACCUCCCACGUCCGGGGGCUUUCUCAAGCUGUCCAAGCCCUGCUGUUACAUCUUCCCAGGAGGGAGGGGUGAUUCCGCACUAUUUGCCGUGAAUGGAUUCAACAUGCUCAUCAACGGAGGAUCCGAGAGAAAGUCUUGCUUCUGGAAGCUCAUCCGACACUUGGACCGAGUGGACUCCAUCCUGCUCACCCACAUUGGGGAUGACAACCUGCCCGGCAUAAACAGCAUGCUACAGCGAAAGAUAGCGGAGCUGGAGGAGGAGCAGUCCCAGGGCUCCACCACCAACAGUGACUGGAUGAAAAACCUCAUCUCCCCCGACUUAGGGGUUGUGUUUCUUAAUGUCCCCGAGAAUCUAAAAAACCCCGAGCCAAACAUCAAGAUGAAAAGAAGCAUAGAAGAAGCUUGUUUUACUCUGCAGUACCUCAACAAAUUAUCCAUGAAACCAGAGCCUCUGUUCAGAAGUGUCAGCAAUACCAUCGAUCCUGUCAUUCUUUUCCAGAAAAUGGGAGUUGGGAAACUGGAGAUGUAUGUACUUAACCCAGUCAAGAACAGCAAGGAAAUGCAGUAUUUCAUGCAGCAGUGGACUGGCACCAAUAAAGACAAGGCUGAACUAAUUCUGCCUAAUGGUCAAGAAAUAGACAUCCCAAUUUCCUAUUUAACGUCAGUCUCCUCUUUGAUCGUGUGGCACCCAGCAAACCCUGCUGAGAAAAUCAUCCGAGUCCUGUUUCCUGGAAAUAGCACCCAAUACAACAUUCUAGAAGGCCUGGAGAAACUAAAACACUUGGACUUCCUGAAACAGCCACUGGCGACCCAGAAAGAUCUUACUGGCCAGGUAGCCUCUCCUGCGGUGAAGCAAAUAAAGCUGAAACAGAGGGCUGAUAGCCGAGAAAGCCUGAAGCCAGCCCCAAAGCCAGUCCCAAGCAAAACGGUGCGGAAGGAGUCUAAAGAGGAAACCCUGGACAUUGCAAAAGCUAACCAUGUGGAAAAGUCACCCAAAGUGGAAAGCAAAGAAAAGGUCACGGUGAAAAAAGAUAAGCCAUCCAAGCCAGAGGUGAAGCCUUCAAUGAGUGAAAAGGAGGCACCCAGCAAGGAAGACCAGCCCUUGGCGAAAACCGAGGUGGCUGAAAAGCAAGCCACGGACGUCAAACCCAAAGUCACCAAGGAAAAAGUCCCUGUGAAAAAAGAGACGAAGCUCAAGUCUGAAGAAAAGAAAGAGGACAAGCCAAAGAAGGAAGUGGCUAAGAAGGAGGACAAGACACCCAUCAAGAAAGAGGAGAAAACCAAAAAGGAAGAGGUGAAAAAAGAGGUCAAAAAAGAAGUCAAGAAAGAAGAGAAGAAAGAUGUCAAGAAAGAGGUUAAGAAAGAAACGCCGCUGAAGGAAGCCAAGAAGGAAGUGAAGAAGGAAGACAAGAAAGAAGUGAAAAAGGAAGAAAAGGAGCCCAAAAAAGAAAUCAAGAAGGUCUCUAAAGAUAUAAAGAAAACAUCCACGCCUCUCUCUGAAGCAAAAAAACCAGCUGCAUUAAAACCCAAAGUGCCCAAGAAGGAAGAGACUGUCAAGAAAGACGCCCUAAGUGCUGCUGGGAAGCCAAAGGAGAAAGGGAAAAUUAAAGUCACUAAGAAAGAAGGCAAGACCACAGAGGCGGCCGCUGCAGCCAUCGGCGCCGUGGCCACUGCUGCGGCUGUGUCAGUGGCAGCCGCAGCAACCGGCCCUGCCAAAGAGCUGGAAGCUGAGCGCUCCCUCAUGUCUUCCCCGGAGGAUCUCACCAAGGACUUUGAGGAGUUAAAGGCUGAGGAGGUCGAUGUAGUGAAGGACAUCAAGCCUCAGCUGGAGCUAAUUGAGGAUGAAGAGAAACUGAAGGAGAGUGAGCCUGUGGAGGCCUAUGUCAUCCAGAAGGAGACAGAAGUCAUCAAAGGGCCUGCUGAGUCCCCCGAUGAGGGCAUCACCACGACCGAGGGCGAGGGGGAGUGCGAGCAGACUCCCGAGGAGCUGGAGCCCGUUGAGAAACAGGGGGUCGAUGACACUGAAAAGUUUGAAGAUGAAGGCGCUGGCUUUGAAGAAUCUUCAGAGACGGGAGACUAUGAAGAGAAGGCUGAGACCGAGGAGGCGGAGGAGCCCGAAGACGAUGGUGAAGAGAAUCUGUGCAUGAGAAGCUCAAAGCCCAGCCCCAUGGAGGAUGAGGAAAGUGCCAAGGCCGAGGCCGACGUGCACAUCAAGGAGAAGAGGGAAUCUGUGGCCAGCGGUGAUGACCGGGCAGAAGAAGACAUGAACGAGGCAGUGGAGAAAGGGGAGGCCGAGCAAUCUGAGGAGGAAGGGGAGGAAGAAGAGGAGGACAAAGCUGAGGAUGCCAGAGAUGAGGAAUAUGAGCCUGAAAAGGUCGAAGCUGAAGACUACGUGAUGGCAGUGGUUGACAAGGCCGCAGAGGCCAGUGGUGCUGAGGAUCAGUACGGGUUCCUUACCACGCCGGCCAAGCAACCUGGAGCCCAGUCUCCUGCCCAAGAACCUGCCUCGUCCAUUCAUGAUGAGACCCUACCUGGAGGCUCGGAGAGCGAGGCCACCGCUUCCGAUGAGGAGAAUCGAGAAGACCAGCCCGAAGAAUUCACUGCUACCUCUGGCUAUACACAGUCCACCAUUGAGAUAUCCAGCGAACCCACCCCGAUGGACGAGAUGUCUACUCCUCGGGACGUGAUGAGCGAUGAGACUAACAAUGAAGAGACCGAAUCUCCAUCUCAAGAAUUUGUAAACAUCACCAAAUAUGAGUCCUCUCUGUAUGCUCAGGAAUGCUCCAAGCCUGCUGUGUCACUCAAUGGAUUCUCUGACGUGUCAAAAACAGAUGCCACUGACGGCAAGGAUUACAAUGCCUCAGCCUCGACCAUAUCACCGCCCUCAUCCAUGGAGGAAGACAAAUUCAGCAAAUCUGCUCUCCGUGAUGCUUACUCUGAAGAGAAAGAAGUGAAAGGCAGUGCCACGCUGGAAAUCAAAGACACCUCAGCUGUUUUAGAUGGAAAACUCAGUCCAUCCAAGAGUCCAUCUCUGAGUCCUUCUCCACCAUCACCUGUUGAGAAGACCCCUCUGGGUGAACGUAGUGUGAACUUCUCUCUGACACCCAAUGAGAUUAAUGUCUCAGCAGAAACAGCAGUCCCAUUGUCUCCCGGGGUGACUCAAGAAGUAGUUGAAGAACACUGUGCCAGUCCAGAGGACAAGACUCUGGAAGUGGUGUCUCCAUCUCAGUCUGUGACUGGCAGUGCUGGUCACACCCCUUACUACCAAUCUCCUACUGAUGAGAAAUCCAGUCACCUCCCCACAGAAGUCAUCGAAAAAACACCAGCAGCUCCAGAGAGUUUUGAAUUCGAUGAAGCCAAAGAUGACAAUGAGAGGCCUUCUAUGAGCCCGAUGGAUGAACCUGUACCUGAUUCAGAAUCUCCUAUUGAAAAAGUUUUGUCUCCUUUACGAAGCCCACCCCUAAUUGGAUCAGAGUCUGCGUAUGAAAGUUUUCUAAGUGAUGAUGGCAAGACGCCUGGCAGGUGCACUGAAAGCCCCUUUGAAGGAGAAGAGGGCAAACGAGAUUUCCAAGAUCAAAUAAGUCCAGUUUCUGAAACACCUUCCUCUGGCCUUUUCCAAGAGAAACAGGAAAUGAAAGACACAGACUUUAUACCAAUAAAGGAAGACUUUGACAAAGAAAAGAAAGCUGAUGAUAUUGAAGCUGUGAGCUCUCAACCAGAACUGGCUUUGGAUGAAAGAAAAUUAGGAGGAGAUGUCUCUCCUACACAAAUUGAUGUCAGCCAGUUUGGCUCUUUUAAGGAAGACACCAAGAUGUCCAUUUCUGAAGGAACCGUCUCUGACAAAUCAGCUACUCCCGUGGACGAGGGUGUAGCAGAAGACACCUACUCUCAUAUGGAAGGUGUAGCCUCUGUUUCUACAGCUUCUGUGGCUACAAGCUCAUUCCCAGAGCCAACAACGGAUGACGUGUCUCCUUCUCUGCAUGCUGAGGUUGGCUCUCCCCAUUCCACCGAAGUCGAUGACUCCCUUUCAGUGUCUGUUGUCCAAACACCCACCACUUUCCAGGAAACAGAAAUGUCUCCAUCUAAAGAAGAAUGCCCAAGACCGAUGUCAAUUUCUCCACCAGACUUCUCCCCUAAAACAGCUAAAUCCAGGACGCCAGUUCAAGAUCACAAAUCUGAACAAUCCUCAAUGUCUAUUGAGUUUGGUCAAGAAUCCCCCGACCACUCCCUUGCUAUGGACUUUAGUCGCCAGUCUCCAGAUCAACCUGCUGUGGGUGCAGGCGCACUUCACAUCACAGAAAAUGGGCCAACUGAAGUGGACUAUAGUCCUGACUUGCAGGACUCUAGUUUAUCACAUAAGAUACCACCAAUGGAGGAGCCGUCCUACACCCAAGAUAAUGAUCUUUCUGAGCUUAUCUCUGUAUCUCAGGUAGAGGCCUCCCCAUCCACCUCAUCUGCACACACCCCGUCUCAGAUAGCUUCUCCUCUCCAGGAAGAUACCCUAUCCGAUGUGGUUCCUCCCAGAGAUAUCUCCUUAUAUGCCUCUCUCACCUCUGAGAAAGUGCAGAGUCUAGAAGGAGAGAAGCUUUCACCGAAAUCUGAUAUUUCUCCGCUAACUCCACGAGAAUCCUCUCCUUUAUACUCACCUAGUUUUUCUGAUUCUACCUCUGCCGUCAAAGAAGACACAGCAGCUUGCCACACUUCCUCUUCUGUCCCAGUGGAUGCAGCAUCCACAGAGCCCUACGGCUUCCGUGCCUCAAUGUUAUUUGAUACAAUGCAACACCAUCUAGCCUUGAAUCGAGAUUUGACUGCCUCUGGCUUGGAGACCGACAAUGGAGGGAAGACACCUGGUGAUUUUAGCUAUGCCUAUCAAAAGUCAGAGAAAGCAGACAGGUCUCCCGACGAAGAAGGUUAUAACUAUGAGUCAUAUGAGAAAACCCAUCGGACCCCAGACGUGGGAGGCUAUUACUACGAGAAGACAGAGCGAACCAUAAAAUCCCCAUCUGAUGGUGGCUACUCCUAUGAGACCAUUGAGAAAACCACCAAAACCCCAGAAGAUGGUGGCUAUGCCUGUGAAAUUAUAGAGAAAACCACACGGACCCCUGAAGAGGGUGGAUACUCAUAUGAGAUAAGCGAGAAAACAACGAGGACCCCUGAAGUGAGUGGUUACAGCUAUGAAAAGACUGAGAGGUCUCGAAGGCUCCUGGACGACAUCAGCAAUGGCUAUGAUGACACUGAAGAUAGUGGCCACACACUUGGAGAUUCAAGCUACUCUUAUGAGACCACUGAGAAGAUUUCCAGUUUUCCUGAGUCUGAAACGUAUACCUAUGAGACAUCUACAAAGACCACACGGUCCCCUGAUUCUUCCACAUACUGUUAUGAGACCACAGAGAAAAUCACCAGGACCCCUCAGGCAUCUACGUACUCCUAUGAGACGUCAGACCGAUGCUACACUGCAGAAAAGAAGUCCCCCUCAGAGGCCCGCCAGGAUGUUGAUUUAUGCCUGGUGUCUUCUUGUGAGUACAAGCAUCCCAAGACAGAGCUGUCCCCGUCCUUCAUUAACCCCAAUCCUUUAGAGUGGUUUGCCAGUGAAGACCCAACUGAAGAGUCUGAGAGGCCCCUCACUCAAGCAGGAGGAGCCCCACCACCGCCAGGAGGCAAGCAGCAGGGGAGACAGUGUGAUGAAACUCCACCCACCUCAGUCAGCGAGUCAGCUCCAUCCCAGACAGACUCAGACGUUCCCCCGGAAACGGAAGAGUGCCCCUCCAUCACAGCUGAUGCCAACAUCGACUCUGAAGAUGAAUCUGAAACCAUCCCCACGGACAAAACCGUCACAUACAGGCACAUGGACCCACCACCAGCCCCCAUGCAAGACCGCAGCCCAUCUCCCCGCCACCCUGACGUGUCCAUGGUGGACCCCGAGGCCUUGGCCAUUGAGCAGAACCUGGGCAAAGCUCUGAAGAAGGAUCUGAAAGAGAAGACCAAGAGCAAAAAGCCAGGCACAAAGACCAAGUCAUCUUCACCUGUCAAAAAAGGGGAUGGUAAAUCCAAACCUUCUGCUGCUUCUCCAAAGCCAGUGGGCUUGAAAGAGGCCUCUGAUAAGGUGUCCAGAGUGGCUUCUCCUAAGAAGAAAGAAUCUGUGGAAAAGGCCACGAAAACCACCACCACUCCUGAGGUCAAAGCCGCCCGCGGGGAAGAGAAAGACAAGGAGACCAAGAACGCCACCAACGUCUCCACAUCCAAGUCGGUGAAGACUGCCACCGCAGGACCAGGAGCCACCAAGACAGCCAAAUCCUCAGCCGUGCCUCCAGGUCCCCCGGUGUAUUUGGACCUGUGCUACAUUCCUAAUCACAGCAAUAGCAAGAAUGUUGAUGUCGAAUUUUUCAAGAGAGUCAGGUCAUCCUACUACGUGGUGAGUGGAAAUGACCCUGCUGCCGAGGAGCCCAGCCGGGCUGUCCUGGACGCCUUGUUGGAAGGAAAGGCUCAGUGGGGCAGCAACAUGCAGGUGACCCUGAUUCCAACUCAUGACUCAGAAGUGAUGAGAGAAUGGUACCAAGAGACCCAUGAGAAACAGCAAGACCUCAACAUCAUGGUUUUAGCUAGUAGCAGCACAGUGGUUAUGCAAGAUGAAUCCUUCCCUGCAUGCAAGAUUGAACUGUAA